CUGACACGAAUGGCCUAUACUUUGUCUGGGGCUGAUUAUCAAUGUCUUCAUGGAAGCUUUGCCAAGCCGACAACGCUAGUCUUACCGACUUAGAGCUUUGUUCUGCAGACAGUCACAAAGCGACGAAGAGGAGACGCGGAAGGACGUCAGUGGCCACCGUCAAAGAUGUUGGCUGUUUGGUUCGUCCUGGUGGCUGCCGCCCUUGCGACAGGGUUUCCAUCCCCCGACAUCCCCACCGGCCACUCGCCCCGAGGCAGGCCAGCCACGCCACUGUUUGACCGCAGCCACCCCGGCCGGCUCACCUUAGUGGACCCGCUGAGGCCACGCUCCCUCCGAAAGCACCGAGAGAGGGAUGUCACUACUGUUAGGGACGACGCCGAUCCCGGAAGGCUGCCUGUCAGCCUGCUGCCAACAUUUUACAGUUUGACUUUGACCCCGCAUCUGUCUGGCACCUUCACCUUCGACGGCAAGGCCACUAUCUCCUUCAACGCUGUCAGCGCCACUAGCAAGAUUAUCCUUCACUCCAAAGAACUAACGUACACCAAAGAUGACUGCAAGGUGUACCAAGAGUCUGAUGAUGGAACUCGGACAGAGUUCGCCAGCAUCACUGAUCUCCAAUUCGACACAACACUGGAGUUCGCCACGUUCACUCUGGACAAGUCACUGGAAGCGGGUUCGCGGUACAUUCUAGACAUCACGAAGUAUACCGGCAGUCUGAACGACGACAUGGACGGUUUCUACCGCUCCUCUUAUAAAACCAGCAGUGGUGAAACCAGAUGGCUCGCUACGACACAGUUCGAGCCUACGGGGGCCCGACGCGCGUUCCCCUGUUGGGAUGAGCCCAGCUUCAAGGCUCGCUACGACAUCUUUAUAGAGCACGACCCAGCAUUGAUGGCAAUCUCCAACAUGCCCCGCCAAAGUCGAGCCGACUCUGACAACGGCCAGGUGGUCGAUAGGUUCAUGACCACUCCGAUCAUGUCCUCCUAUUUGGUCGCCUUCAUCGUCUCGGACUUCAAGAGCCUCUCGAACAGCGACAACACCUUCACGACGUGGGCGCGCGAAGACAUCAUUGCCGGCGGCAGCCUCAGCCAGGACGUUGGCCCCAAGGCCCUGAAGAUCCUGGAGGAGUUCAACGGGGUGCCGUACACGCUGACCAAGAUGGACCAAGCGGCCAUCCCAGACUUCUCUGCCGGCGCUAUGGAAAACUGGGGUCUUGUGACCUACCGGGAGCCAGAUCUGAUCGUGACCGCUGACACUACCACUCCCUCGUACGAAAACAUCGCAACCGUCAUUUGCCACGAGUUCGGACACCAGUGGACCGGAGACCUGGUUACUCUUGACUGGUGGUCGCACACCUGGCUCAACGAGGGAUUCGCCACCUUCUACGAGAACAUGAUCUGCAACCAGAUCAGACCGGAAUGGAACCUGGAAGACAAAAUGCUGCCCACAUUUUACCACGUCGCGAUGGAGAGCGACGUGAGGGAGACCCAGGUCCCCAUGAGCAGCCCUGUCAGGAGCGAUGCCCAAGACAUCAACGACCAUUUCGGCGUCAUAUCCUACGACAAGGGUGGCUCUGUUCUGCGAAUGUUAUACUACGCUCUCACCCCGGACGUAUUCAAAAAGGGCAUGAAGCGAUAUCUGUCAGACAACAUGUACAGCACCGCGAACCCCGAGAAGCUGUUCACCGCGAUGGACGCGGAGGCGACCCUCAGCAACCUGCACCAGCUGCCCGGCGGCACCUCGUUCUCCGAGGUGGCCUCCACGUGGACGGAGCAGCCCGGCGUGCCCGUGCUGCAGGCCACCCGGGACUACUCGAAACCCGGCGAGGUCCGCUUCGAGCAGCAGCGCUUCCUGUACGCGCCGCCCAAGAAUGCUUCCAACGUGGGCCAGAAGUGGUGGAUCCCCUUGGUCGUCACGACGCAGACCCAGAAGGACUUCAGCACCACGCUGCCGCAGGGGUGGCUCGGCCCGGACAUGCCCUACGCGGCCCUCUUCACCGACGCGACCGCUGAACAGUGGGUUUACGUCAACCCAAUGCAGACCGGUUACUUCCGCGUCAAUUACGACGCCAAGAACUGGCAGUUGCUGGCCGCUGCCCUGUCCGCCGACCCCGCCGCCCUCCCCGCCUCCGGGCGCGCCCAGCUGCUCAACGACGCCCUGACCCUGGCGCGCGCCGGCCAGCUCGACUACACGCUGGCCCUGCCCUUCCUGCAGAGCCUCAAGGCGGAGCGCGGCGUGGCGCCGUGGCAGGCCGCCACCGCCGCCAUCAAGUACCUCCUCGCCAGGCUGGACACGACCGAAGCCAACGACAGCUUCUUGUCUCUGAUCAAGGACAUCACUGCAGACGCCUAUGCCGCAGUGGGCUACCGAAAGAAAGACUCCGAGGCACACGAAGAUGCCUACCUGCGAUACGUUGUGACCAGCCUGGCAUGCCUCGCUGGCAACACCGACUGCCUCUCGGAAGCUGGCGCAGCACUCAAAGCCUGGCUGACGGACGCCAGCCGCAACCCGCUAGAGGUAGACACCAAGUCCACCACGCUGUGCUACGGCGUCCGCGGCUCAGACGCCACCACUUUCGAGAACAUGAGGCAGAAGUGGCUUGCAGAGACGGACGCGAACCUCCGGUACACCUAUGCCUCAGCCCUGGGCUGCAGUGCGGACAAGUCGCUGCUCCAAAGCCUAAUGGCGGAUGCUAUCUCCAUGAAAUACAACUCCAAAGACGGGAUCAUGUUAUUUAAUGCCUUCUACGACCAUUUGGACAACCAUGGGGUCAUUCUCCAGUUUGUUGAAGAGAAUGCUGAUGCCAUCCGUAAAGCGUACGGAAAUUAUUUCGACGUGCAGGUUCUGGAUGGUCUUAUCCGUGACAUCAGGGCUAGGAGUGAAUUCAAUGAGGUGCGGUCUUGGUCGGAGGCCAAGUACAAGGGCAGUCCUGAAUGGACGACGCUCCAGGCCUCUUUCCAGUCCGCCGAAACGGAGCUGCAGUCGUGGGCCGACAAGUACCUCUUGAAAGUGUCCUUGUGGCUUUACGCAGCCAACAUUCCCCCAUGCCCCACCCCCACGUCCCCCCCGACGAUGUCCUCCACUCUUGCCCCAAACAACCCCACCCAAGCUCCAGCCAACCCCACUACUCCCCAAACCUCCACCAGCAAACCCUCUGCGGCCUCCACGACAGCCAGCGCUUCAGUCCUCCUCGCUCUGGUUCUACUUCGUGUUCUAUUUAACGUACCUUCGCCCAAUUAAAUGCAGGGAUGAACUGUG